GGACGCAGGCAGUGUUUGGUGAAGGCAGGGGAGGAAUAGAGCUGAGGAAUAGAAAGGAAAGAGAGAAACACACACCAGUAAAACAAGACACAGCCUGGGAGGCUGUAGUGAAAGCCAUGGCCACUGGCUGGAACAGAGAUCAUGUAUCCAGAGGCAUCACACAGGGGGGGAAGAUACUCCAGAAGACAUUUAUAGACAGUUAUGACCCAAGUGUCCUUCGAAGGGUGCAAUACAUGUUCUAUGAAAUCAAGUGGAGCAAUAGCAAAAGGCCCUGGCAGAGCUGUUGCCAUAGCACUCGGACGGAGCAUGCUGAAAUCCACUUCAUAGAAGAUGUCUUUCAGGAGCAAAGAUCUGAUCCUUCUGCCCACUGCUCCAUCACCUGGUACAUGUCCUGGAGUCCCUGUGGGUAUUGCUGCAAGCAAAUCAGGGAUUUCCUGAAGGACCAGCCUAAUGUGAAUCUAGUUAUUUAUGUAGCACGGAUCUACUGGCACAAAAGGGAAAUCAAUCGUCAGGGUCUACGGAGCCUGAUGAACAUUGGAGUGUCCAUCCGAGUCAUGGACCUCCCAGAUUAUAGCUACUGUUGGAGAACAUUUGUCUAUGAUGAGGACAAGGAUGAAGAUGAUUAUUGGCCCAGGCACUUUGCUCCAUGGAUAAUGCUAUAUUCUCUUGAACUCCAGUCCAUCCUUCAGAACAUUCCAUCUUGCUUAAAGAUUUCAUCAGUUAAGAACCAGACUCCAGUUUUCAGCCUAUGUGUAGAUGAGAAACAGAAAAGAGCACUCACAUCAGCCAAUCCCUAUUAUUUUAGUGACCAGGGAGAAACACACACCAGUAAAACAGGACACAGCCUGGGAGGCUGUAGUGAAAGCCAUGGCCACUGGCUGGAACAGAGGUCAUGUAUCCAGAGACAUCACGCAAGGGUGAGAAUGAAAGCACCAUACCCACGUCCUUCACAAGGUUUACAGAGAAAGUGGGAGCUGGGAAGAUUCAGAUCUCACUCCCCUCUCAUCAGUGUGACACUAGAUUUAACUCUCCUUCUUCCCUGCCUCUCUCUCUUUUCUUCCAUCACUAUCUCUGAGUCUCCUAUCCUUCUGUGGAAGAUAUGCCAGGAGGAUUUUGUGGAGAAUUAUGACCCAAGUGUCCUUCCAAGUGUGACUUACCUUCUCUAUGAAAUCACGUGGAACUCUCGCAGAAGGCCCUGGCAAAGAUGGAUCUGUAGUGCUGGCGGUCAGCAUGCUGAAACGUACUUCCUGGAAGAUGUCUAUAGAAAGCUAAGAUCUAAUCCUUUUGUCCACUGCUCCAUCACCUGUUACAUAUCCUGGAGCCCCUGUGGGUACUGCUGCCAGGAGAUCAUAGAUUUUCUGGAGAAAAUGCCUAAUUUGAGUCUAGUCAUUUAUGUAUCACGGCUCUACUGGCACCAAGUCGAAAACAAUCGUAAGGGUCUGUGGAACCUGGAGAAUAUUGGAGUGUCCAUCCAAGUCAUGGAUCUCCCAGAUUAUAGCUACUGUUGGAGAACAUUUGUCUAUGAUGAGGACAAGGAUGAAGAUGAUUAUUGGCCCAGUCACUUUGCUCCAUGGAUAAUGCUAUAUUCUCUUGAACUCCAGUCCAUCCUUCAGGUCAGUGGAACUUUAGGGAGGGGGAAAGUGCAUCCAGAAAUGAUCCACAGUCACAUGCAGAACCCAUUUUCUGAACUGGACAUUUCCUUGGCCUCCUUUGAAAUCUCCCUGGUUCUGUGAGAGUUUUUCCUGCAGCUGAGUUAUAACACAU